AUGGAGCAGGCUACUCCUCAGAAUCAAUUUACCGGACCAGCUACCGCAGAGUCCAUUAUCAACCACCUCUCCAAUCUCGAUUUACAACACUCAGCCCCUCCAUACCUGAUCUAUCACUUCUUCUACGGAACACUAGCAGUACCUUCACUCCUCCAGCAAAUCAUUUAUCUACCAGAUAAACAGAAAGUACGCAAAGCUAAUGUCAUCGGAUACACCAUUGCCGAAUGGGGCGACUAUCCCGCUAUAAUAGAGGGUCAUCCUUACCAGGAGAUCGACGGGUAUGCAUACAUCGUGCAAUCCGAGGAAUAG